AUGAGUCAAUUUUGCCAGAAAUUAGCGAAAUUCGUAGUUCAAGGGCCCCGUCUGUAUGCAACUUCGGCGUACAAGAGUUCCAUUUCGUUGCAAAACUUAUAUCCGAACAGUUCGUUAAAAUUGACAACCCCUUCGAAGCCCCCCAAUGAAGGUGACAAAUUCACUGGUUAUGUGCCUAUAGACCAGCUUGAUAUUACCUACAGUAGAAGUACGGGCCCUGGGGGCCAAAAUGUUAACAAAGUCAACACUAAGGUAGAAAUCAGGUUUCAUGUAAAUUCUGCCACUUGGAUCAACGACCAGAUUAAGGCAAAAAUGUUGGAAAAGUUUAAAAAUAAGGUUACAAAAGAAGGUUUCGUUGUAUUCCGCUCCGACUUGACACGGUCACAACAACUGAACUUGGCCGAUUGUUUGGAGAAAAUCAGAGCUUCGGUCCGUAGUUGCAUAGUCGAAGAUUAUAAACCAUCAGAAGAAACGGCUGAAAAAAUCAGGCGGAGACUUGAAAAAGCAACGCGGGAGCGCCUUUCCAUCAAACGGAUGCGAUCACAGACGAAAAGCGACAGGCGAGCUCCCGAAAUCAUUUAAAAACGCUUAGUUCCACUUGUAAACUUUAUUGACUAAUUUCAAUAAUAAUUAAAGAGCAAAACAUUA